AUGCUGGGCAUUUUCAGCGGAACGGUGGUGCCGCCACCGGAGGAGCUGGUCGCCGCGGGGAGCCGCUCGCCGUCGCCGAAAACGACGGCGUCGGAUCUGGUGGCGAGGUUCCAGGAGAUCGCCUCGCCGGCGAUGUCGGUGCGGAUCGGCGACGGCGACGGCGGUCACCUGGCCUACUCCCACCGUGGCGAGUCCGCCUUCAAUGCUAGGUAUUCGUAUAGCCCUAACAGAACCACCGCCUCACCUCUGGACAAGCAGAUCUGGUUCUGAUUCGACGAUUAAUGGAAAGAAUGCUGUUAUAUAUUCGAAGAGAUUUAAAAAAUGGAAGUAAAAAAAUGAGGCUUCGACAGAGAGUGAUUAAAUGACUUGCAGGCUCCGUUGGGAGGAAGGAGACCGGAUUGGGACUGUUCCAUCUUGCGAGAUCCAGAAUGAACCACUGGUCAGCGACUGUGAUUAUUUGGCGCAUUAUUUUCCGAGUCAACUUUUCUAGCUCCGAGACAAAUGAUCUGGAGGAUAAUGCACCUCUUUUGGAUCCGGAUCUGGCUCUUUAGAAGUCAGACCAAGAAUCGUGAUCAGAUUUGGAUGUGACCAUUGAAACUGGUUUGGGUUGAUGUAUCUGAACAGGCUGGAUCUCUGUUCAAAGAACGGAUCUGAUAUUCCGAGGCUGACACACUGUCUAUCUGGUUGACCUAAAAAUGGCUUCUGUGUUUUUUGUUAAUCUUCCACGAUUCUAUAAAAAAAAAAAAAAAAAAAAAGCCCAGUGAUCUGACCUACGGAGGUGCAUGAAUCAGGGAGAAAACGAGUUCAAGAAAACCACAGAUCCUAGAUGUGUUGAUUGACUCUUCCGAUUCUUCCCACCUUCCUUCCUCACGAUCUCAUCUUCUGUCGAUGAUUAACUCGCAGAUCAUUCGCGGUGAAGGACGAGAUUUACUGCCUGUUCGAAGGGGCUCUCGAUAAUCUGGGGAGCCUGAGGCAGCAUUACGGCCUCUCCAAGAACGCCAGCGAGGUCCUGCUGGUGAUCGAGGCCUACAAGGCUCUGCGUGACAGAGCUCCCCAUCCCCCCAGCCGUAUGGUCGGCCUUCUCAGCGGGAGCUUCGCCUUCCUCGUUUUCGACGGCUCAACAUCCUCCCUCUUCGCCGCUUCAGUAAGUUCUUACCAGCAUCGAGCUCUGCCAUCGUUCUACCAGGCUCUGAAGACGAAUUGAGGAUGCAAUUGUGGGCUUCAGGACCCCGAAGGGAAGGUGCCUCUGUACUGGGGAACCACCGCAGACGGCUGCGUCGCCUUCUGUGACGACGUCGAUCUGCUCAAAGGCUCCUGCGGCAAGUCCCUCGCCCCCUUUCCCCGAGGUGCCUGCGACUCUCUCUCUCUCUCUCUCUGUCUUUCUGCUAUGGAUCUCUGUCUCUGAGCUGGCGGGGUAUCUGUUGGUCAUUCGCAGGGUGUUUCUACUCGACCAACAUGGGAGGGUUGAGGAGCUACGAGAACCCCAAGAACAGGGUGACUGCCGUCCCCUCGCCGGAGGGUGAGAUCUGCGGCGCCACCUUCAAGGUCUUCCUCCCUCCUCGCCCUGAAACCUCUCGCCCCCUCCUCUUCUCUCCUCUGAAUCCUCAUCCUCCCUCCGACUCACAGGUGGAGGCGACCGCCCUCUUCGCCGCCACCCUCUAG